CUCAUCCCGGCUCUCGCCUCUCGCUCCCCAGCCAUCCAUGGCGAUGCCACCGAGCCGUUCGUGGGCGGAGCUGCAGCACGACCUCCUGGUGUCGAUCAUGACCCGCGUGGGCGCGCCGGACCUCCUCUGGGGCGGCGCUUCCCGCGCCUGCUCUUCGUGGCGGGCCGCGGCGCGGGACCCACUCGCGUGGCGACGCGUCGACCUCCGCGACUGGGUCGCCCUCACCUCCGGCCGGCGCGCCGCGAGACCUGGACACUCCAGCUCUCGCGUAUCCGUCCACGCCGCGCUCGUCGGCAUCCUGGAGGUCGCCGCCAAGUUGGCCGAAGGGCGGAUCGAGGCCGUGUUGCUCCCCGAGUUUGCUGAUGAGGACCAUCUCUUGUUCCUCGCUGAGAGGUGCCCAAACCUGCACUAUUUCAGCCUUCCUAGCACCUGUAUGACUUACGAUCAGUUCUGCAAGGCGAUAGGUGGACUUCAAUCGCUUAAAGGCAUGGCAGUGGACGAGAGUCUGAUUAAUUAUGAUGUCCUCCUGCAUGUGCACCAGUGCUGCCCAGACUUUGUGGAGCUGAAGGUGUCUGCACUGUACGUGGAUGAAGAGAUGGCCUCAGUCAUCUGCAACUCUCUUCCUCGUCUGAAGAAGUUGGAGAUACCAAGUUGUGACAUGUCUUCCGCUGCGAUUAUAAGGUUCCUUGAUUGCCUAGAGCAGCUCGAGCACCUGGACAUCUCAGGUUACGAGACAUCAGCCAUCUCAAGCCCGGUUCUUGAGAAAGCUUCGCGGCUCAAGGUCUUCCUCUGGAACUCGAAAUUUGAGCUUGGGGAGUUCAUGGACUGCUCCAAUUGUGGAGAACACAACAUUAACCCUCAAGAACCCUGCAAGUGCAUGAUGGAGCACAAGGUCAUGGACUGGCUGGCUGGACCUUCAUAAGCUUCCUGAACCAAAGGCGUCUCUUCUUGUGUCUUGUUAAAUCAUGACGUUUUCCUGGCUGUAAAAUUCCAACCUCUGUCAAAGUUGGUGUCUGAGCUGUAUGCACAAGGAAAUAUGCUACUUCAAAUGUUUAGCGCGCCUUAGAGAGGUCUGCAACCUUUUAAUGUAACAAAUUGUUGUAUCAAGUGUUAAUGGAACCUCUUCUUUACAC